CCUUCAUCCUGAUAGCAUUAAUUCCCCCCCCCCCCCGUUGCCCUUGCGAGCCUGGCAACACGCAGUCAUGGCUACCAAUAUGACCUCCGCCACAGAUCUCCCGCCGCUACCGUCCUAUUCGGUUGUCGUCGCCCCUGAUCUGCUGCCCUGGCUCCCGGACUUCUACCUGUCCAUCAUCGCGCCCACCGCCGCCUACUGGGCCAUCUCCAUCUUCUUCCACAUCAUUGACGUCUAUGACCUCUUCCCCCAGUACCGCCUGCACACCCCCGCCGAGAUCGCCCAGCGCAACAAAGCGACACGAUACGAGGUGUUUCGCGAUGUCAUCUUCCAGCAGAUCAUCCAGGCCGUCAUGAGCUUCGUUCUGGGCAUGACCGACCCGCCGCAGUACACGGGCAUGGAGGAAUACGACGUUGCCGUCUGGGCCACGAGGGUCCGUCUCGCCCAGAGGGCGCUUCCCACCUUGCUCGGCGUGCUCGGCGUUAACGCCGCCACCGUGUCUAAGAACAUGGCCCUGUCGCACCCGCUGCUAGCCGGCGCCCUGGCCGGCGGACACUACCCCUUCCUCACCACCGAGCUUGCCGGCCCCGACGGCAUCGUCGUGCCGGCUUUCGCCACCUGGGAGCUCCUUGUCGCCAAAUUCAUCUACUACCUGCUCAUCCCGGGCUUCCAGCUGUUCGCUGCCGUCACCGUCCUCGACACCUGGCAGUACUUCCUCCACCGCUUGAUGCACCAGAACAAGUGGCUCUACGCUACGUUCCACUCGCGACACCACCGGCUGUACGUGCCCUACGCCUACGGAGCUCUGUAUAACCACCCGUUCGAGGGCUUCCUUCUCGACACGGCCGGUGCCGGGCUCGCGUACAAGGUCGCGUGCAUGACGCCGAGGCAGGGAAUCUUUUUCUGGGUCAUGUCCUCGAUCAAGACCGUCGACGACCACUGCGGAUACGCCUUGCCUUGGGACCCUCUCCAGCAUAUCACCUCGAACAACGCAGCCUACCACGACAUCCACCACCAGAGCUGGGGUAUCAAGACGAACUUCGCGCAACCCUUCUUCACCUUCUGGGACCGCCUGCUGGGCACCAUGUGGCACGGCGAUACUUCGCUAAAAUACGAACGGUCGAGGGUCAAGGCCCAGGAGUUCGUGGAUGCCGAAACCAAGAAGGCGUCCGCCAAGGCUCAAUAGACGUCCCGACGCGCCCGCACAGACUUGGCGCGUACAUUCGCUGUAAUAUCUUUGGGAAGUUCGGGAUCCCUUUCCUUGUUUCAUUUUGCUUUUGAGGCGUGACCGGGAUAUUCAGGAUCGUAUUCGGCUGAGGAGACACGAGGUCUACACAUCCGAGGAGCAUGGGAUGGGCGUUUCUUUUUUUUUUUUUCCCACCCUCUUCACUUCGAUUCGACAGUAAUUCUUGAAGGGCAACGGGCUUUGCUAUUUGUCUCCGUGUCUUGUAAAAACAUUCGGCACGCGUGCACGUCUUUGAAAUGCCGCAUCAGGCUGUCUACACGACCGGGUACGACGAAGGGAGCAGAGGGACAGCCAGCCAGUAUUGGUGGGUGCCAAAAGGAGGGGAUGGUGGCGUUGGAUUUCCGGCAGAGCAGAGGGUUCGGGUUCGGACAAGCUCGAUUCUGAGACAAGGGUCACGGCCGUUACAAUUAAUGAUAAUAUAACUGA